AUGGAUAAUAGCCUCAAUCGCUAUGCCGUCAAAGAUUUUCUACUCAUUUUGCAACAUCACGAAGACCCCAUCAGGCCACUUGAUGCACCGAGUCAGCCUGCAUACUUCUGUGUCAAUGAACAGACUGCGUUCAAUUGUUUCCCUCUUUUGCGCAUGUUGUCCGGAAAUUCAACGCGUCCAGUCAACUCCCACCUGGCAUUGCACAAAGACCUCUUUUCUCCACCUGCCGAUGACGAUCACAUUGUCUUUGACCCCGCAACAACGAUGGUGAUUGUAUACAUCAAAGAGCUUUUAAAUUCUAACUUAGCAAAAUCCCAAAAGAACUUUUCUUCAAUCAAGAACGAGACACCAGAGACGGUCAUGGAGUUUAUGAAGAUCUGGAUAAUUUGGCAUCAGGAACGAAAGAUGUCCUUUUCUGGACCUGGUGAUCUAGAGAUGAUUGAAACCUUCAUUGAUCGGAUUUUAGCAAUGGCAAAGUAUUUUGGGGCAGUCGUCAACGAGAUCGAAGAUCCCAAGACUAUGCGCAUUCUCUGCUGGUGGAGCUGUCAUCAGAGACCCUUUUCAAGUAGCGUCUCUCUUGACAGCAGCCUCCAACAUGCGGCAAUCAUUAAUUCUCAUUGGAGUGCGGAAGUAACUGUUAAUAGUACACAAGCGGAGCUGAAUAGGAUCAAAAACUCCGAGAUCCGAUUCAUCGAUACGAUGCCAGAAGGUUGUCGCAAACCAAAUUUUUAUACAUUCAGCAAGGCGAAUAUCUUCCGAAAGCUUCCAUUGCUUCUUACAGUCUACAGACAUAAGCUCGGUGGCUCUUUAGGUGACCUGUCGGACGAACUCAUGUAUGACCCUGAUGUCUCGGCUCAGAAAAGCAACGAGCAUCACUCCAUAGGCAUCUACUUCCAAGCAUUAAUGCGUUCUUUAUUUAUGGAAGAGCAACCUGGCCAUGCCAACGUUACCACCAACCCAGCAAGACUUCGUCAUGCCUUUUUUAACUUGGGACUAUGGUCAGAUGGCGCUCCAUUAAGAGAUUUGAGCAGUAGAGACUACCAAGAACUUACUGACUUGGCGGUAUUCCUUAGGGUCAAGCAUGCCAGCUAUGAUUUGUUUGGUUGGUUCAACUAUUCCCCGUCAUGGAGUUCUCUAUUGAGACAUAAUGAACGAACUUUACCUUCACAUGCUAACACUAGCUUUUCAACAGUAUACGAAAAUAAUCUUCGAAAGAAUGUCAAUAAACACGGCGCAAAAUUGAAUCUAGGGGCUUAG